AUGAGGGAAGUGGGAUUGGGAAUAAAGAAUAUGAUAGAAAGGAUGGAGGCAGAAAGAAAAGGAAGGGAGAGGAACUGGGGAAGGAGUUGGUGGGAUGGAGAUUGCAGGGAGAAAAAAAGAAUAGUAAGGAAGGCGUUGAGAAGGUGGAAGAGGGAGGUAGGUGAGGGGAGGGAGUACAGGAGAGAAAAGAGAGAGUAUAAGGAAUUGUGUGAACUGAAGAAAUGGGAGGAGAAUGAAAGAUGGGAAAAGAAGGUAAAAGAGGCGAAAACGGAGGGACAGGUAUGGAGAAUUGUAGGUGGGGAAAGGAAGAGGAAGACAAGGAUAAAUGAGAGUAUAAGGAUGGCAGAUUGGGAAGAAUAUUUUAGAGGGGUGUUAAGGGGAGUGGAGAGUAGGGUAGUGAAGGGGGAGGAAAGAACAGAAAGGGAGGUGGAGGAAAGAGAGUUGGGGAAAGAGAAAAUUAGCAGAGUGUUGGGAAAAAUAAGAGAUGGGAAGGCAAUGAGAGUGGAUGGGAUACCAGGAGAGGUUUGGAAGUAUGGAGGGGAAGAGACGGAGGAUUGGGUGCGUUGGUGUUGUAACGAGAUAUGGAAGGGGGAACGUUGGCCAGAGGGAUGA